AGAGCAGCGGCGUGGGCAGUUUGCUGUGGCGUGCCUGAAUCUAAAUGUGUGUGGUGGGCGGGAGUGGGAGUCGGCUACAAGGAUGAAUUCUCCCCACUUUCGGGCUGCCACCCCCUGAAGGAGUCCAGUGUGGCCCAAGCAGAGAGCCCAGAGCCAGAGGGAAUGCCCCCCGGAACCCUGAGGUCCCCUUCCCAGGGGUCAAUAACAUUCAAGGAUGUGGCUGUGGACUUCACCCAGGAGGAGUGGCACCUGUUGGAGCCUUCUCAGAAAGAGCAGUACAGGGAGGUCAUGCUGGAGAAUGCCUGGAAUCUGCACUCUGUGGGGCUUCCAGUUCCUAGAGAAGAUAUACUCUCCUCUUUUCAACAAGGGGAAUCCCCAUGGCUGCUAGAGGAAAAAAGCCCAAGGAACUCCUGUCCAGAGAAAAGAAGAAGACAUAUUCCCCACUGAAAAUUACUGCAUGAGAGUUAAAAAGAGAAAACUUGUUUCUUAGCGUAUAAAAUUUGCCAAGAAUGACCAUGUGAUAAUGCAUUCAAAAGGACAAGAAUAGAAUAUCUGGAAGGUGACUUUACUUUAUUUUAUGUUGUUUUUAUUUUUUUAAACCCUUACCUCCUGUCUUGAAAUCAUUGCUGUGUAUUGGUUCCAAGGAAGAAGAAUGUUAACGGCUAGGCAAUGGGGGUUAAGUGACUUGCCCAGGGUCACUCAGCUAGGAAAUGCCUGAGGUCAUAUUUGAUCCUCGGACCUCUCCUCUCUAGGCCUGCCUGUCAAUCCACUGAGCUACCCAGCUGCCCCUUGGAAGGUGACUUUAAAUUGACAAAAUUAUAAGAACAGUCAACCAAUGGCUUUUUUCUUUUUCAACCAGUGACUUUUUAUAGGAGAGACAGGGCACUGGAGACAGACCUUCCAAUACUGUAGAGUAUGCUAAGGCAGGGUGUUGGAGUUCUAGUCUACCUGCUGGGAGGUUGGUCAGUUGUCUCCAUUCUUUACUCAUGACUCGAGUUAUAAAGUGUUAUGAGGAUUCUGGCUCUACUUUUUUCACAGAUCUUUUGUGAGUUUUCUAGUUUAUUUAAUUUUAAUAAAUUUCCACAUGAGUUUUCUGAAGUUAUGUGAUCCAAAUUGUCUCCUUCCCUUCUUUUUCCUCCUCCCAGAGCUAGCAAGCAAUUCAUUCUGGAUUAUAUAUGUAUUAUCAUGCAAAACAGAUUUCCAUAUUACUCAUUUUUCUAAAGGAAUAAUCUCAUAAAAUCAAAAUGUUAAAACAUAUCCAAAUAAAGAAAUCAUAAAUCAUAUGCUUUUAUCUGCAUUCCUAUUCCAACAUUUCUUUCUCUGAAAAUGUAUAGCAUUCUUUGUCAUAAAUCCUUCAGAACUGUUCUGGUUCAUUGGAUUGGUGUUAGUUACAAAGUCUGUCACAUUUGAUGGUUCUACAAUAUUGCUGUUCCUGUGUACAAUGUUUUCCUGGUUCUGCUUAUUUCACUCCAUAGCAGUGUACAUCGUUUUUUCAAGCUUUUUUUGAAAUCUUCCUAUUUAUAAUUCCAUUACAGUCAGAUACCACGGUUUGUUCAGUCAUUCCCCAAUUGAGCCAUCUGUGUAAUUUCUAGAUCUUUGCCAACACACUGAGAAGCUCUAAAUAUUUUUGUACAAAAAGACCCUUUCCCAUUAAAAAAAAAUCUCUUUGAGAUAUAGACCUAGUAGUGUUUUUACUGGAUCAAAGAGAAUGCAUUCUUUUAUAGUCCUUUGGCCAUAAUUCCAAUUUGCCCUCCAGAAUGUUUGGAUUAUUUUACAAUUCCACCAGCAAUACAUUAGUGUCCCAAUUUUGCCACACCUCCUUGAAUAUUUAUUAUUUGUCUUUACUGUCAUAUUGGCCAAUCUGAUAGGUGUGAGGUGGUACUUCAUAGUUGUUUGAAUUUCCAUUUUUAUUAUCAACAGGGAUUUAGAACAUUUUAUCAUAUGAUUAUUGAUAGCUUUGAUUUCUUCAUCUGAAAACUGCCUAUUUUUAUCCUUUGGCCACUUAUCAAUUGUGGAAUGACUUUCAUUGUAUAAACUUAACUUAAUGUUUUAUAUAUUUGAGAAAUACAACCUCUAUCAGAAAUUUGUCAUAAAAUUUUUCCCCAUUUUUCUGUGUCAUAAAAAUAAUUUGUUAGGACUCUUUCUUUGCUAAUUUUGCAAAAUACUUUGUAUAGUAUUGGGGUUAGUUGUUCUUUAAAUGUUUGAUAGAAUUCACUUGGGAAUCCAUCUGGCCCCAGGGAUUUUUUCUUAGGAAGUUCAUUGAUAACUUCUUCAAAUUUUAUAUGAGAUAAAAUUAUUUAAUGAUUUUAUUUCCUUUUUUGUUAAUCUAUGCAAUUUGUAUUUUUAUAAAUAUUCAUCCAUUUCACCUAGAUUAUCAUAUUUAUUGUCAUAUAACUGGUCAAAGUAGUUCCUAAUGAUUACUUUAAGUUCCUUCUCAUUAGAGGUGAAUUCACCUGUUUAAUUUUUGAUACUGAUUAUUUGAUUAUCUUCUUUUCUUUUUCAAUCAAAUUAACCCAUGCUCAAUCUGCUUUAUUAGUUUUUGUAUAGUACUAAUUCCUAGUCUUAUAAGUUCAAUAGAUUUUUUACUUUCAAUUUUCAUUUAUUUUUUUGGUUAGAUUAGUCUAGUUCUGAUAGGAAAUGUUUGACUGUCCCCACUGGUAUAGUUUUCCAGUCUAUUUCCUCCUUAGAGUCUGUUAUUUUGCUUUUUUUUUUUAAUUUUUUUAAACCCUUACCUUCCAUCUUGGAGUCAAUACUGUGUAUUGGCUCCAAGGCAGAAGAGUGGUAAGGGCUAGGCAAUGGGGGUCAAGUGAUUUGCCCAGGGUCACACAGCUGGGAAGUGUCUGAGGCCAGAUUUGAACAUAGGACCUCCCAUCUCUAGGCCUGGCUCUCAAUCCACUGAGCUACCCAGCUGCCCCCCUGUUAGUUUGCUUUUAAAAAUCUGGAGGCUAUACCUUUUAGUUCGUAUUUGUUAGGUACUGAUAUUCUUUUCUUUUCUUUUUUUUUUAAACCCUUACCUUCCAUCUUAGAAUCAAUACUGUGUAUUGGUUCUUAGGCAGAAGAGUGGUCAAAGGGCUGGGCAAUGGGGGUUAAGUGACUUGCCCAGGGUUACACAGCAAGGAAGUGCCCGAGAUCAGAUUUGAACCUAGGACCUCCCAUCUCUCGGCCUGGCUCUCAAUCCAUUGAACUAUCCAGCUGCCCCCUCUUUCAUUUUAUAUAUUACCUUUUAUCAUGAUUUAAUUACCUUCCUUAUAUCUUUUAAUCAGAUCUAUUUUUGCUUUAGCUUUAUUUGAGAUCAUAAUCGCUACUCCUCCUUUUUUUUUUAUCUGAAUUGAAGUUUUGCAUGUGGCUGCUUAGAUAUCACCAUCCCCUAUUGCCUCUGUGCCUUGCUCUUUGUCUCUAUGGAAAUUUUUAAGGAUUAGGUGUUUCUUUUACUGUUUGCUCAUUUUCCUGUCCUUUUUUUGGUCUGUGGACUGAGAAUUAGUAAAAACUUCUGAUUUUGUCUCCUCUUCUGAUGGCUUACAGGUCUCAGCAUUCCAAGCCAUUUUGCCCUUGGGGCUAAGGUAUUCACCAUAGUUUAGGCUUUAAAGGGUCAAGUACUAUGUCAUUCCUGCCUUCGCUGAGGCUGGUGCCAGGGCCUGGGAUUUCAAGGGGUGGGUAUGGGGUUCUCUGUUAGUGCAGGCAGAGUGCGUGAGUACUGAAGUUGGCCUAUGCCCAGGCUCAUAACCUGGAGCAGUAAAUAGGGGAUGGUCAGCUAGCACUCCUGUGUGAAGUUUUAUUUCUGGUUCCCUCUUAUUCCAUAAACAUCCACUCUCUCUGCCUCUUCAUUCUCUUCUGCUGUUGGUUUCUGACUCCUGUCUUUUUUUUUAAAUAUUGUUUUAUUUGUUCAUUUCCAAACAUUAUUCAUUGGAGACAAAGAUCAUUUUCUUUUCCUCCCCCCCCCCCACCUCUCCCAUAGCCAACAUGCGAUUCCACUGGGUAUCACAUCUGACUCCUGUCUUUUUGAAGUGCUUUUUAAAGAUUGAUUUUGAUGGAUUGUUAGAGGGGUUUCAGCAUUGUCUGCUACUAAGUUGCUAUCUUGGAUCUGCCAGCUAUUGUGUGGUUUCAAUAUCAUUGUAUGUGAAGCUAUUUCUAAAAUCAGCCUUCUUGCAGUUGUGUCCAAAUGGUUCGGCUUAAGUUUGAAAACUUCUUUUAGCCUAGAGAAAUUGAAUAAAAAUCAGUUUGCUUUCUGCCAUCAGAGUGAAAAA